GGCGCCGCGGCCGCUGACGGUGUGGACGCGGCGCAGCGCCGCGCAGCGCCGCGGUGUUGACACAAACACGAACCACCUCGUUGUAGACGCGCAGCUAGCAAGCGAGCCGGAAGUGGUGCAGUGCGCGCGGGUCCCUCCGGUGACUGUCAGGCUUUUGAAAAGGGCACUCGUGAUUGAAUGGUCCCAUUACCGCGGAGGGGGGUGUUCGUAGACGGACUGCCUGUGCCCCUGAGCGCCCACCCGUCGACCUGGCUCGGCGCGUUAGCAUUCACGCUGACCAACACAUUUGAAAAAGGGGUCUAUCUCCUGGUGUUCCAUGUUUGCUUUGCGAUGUUCUCCUGGACCUACUGGAAGUCCAUCUUCACCCCUGCUGCUUCACCCUGCAAGAAGUUUCAGCUGUCAUACUCCGACAAGCAAAGGUACGAGAUGGAGGAGAGGCCCGACGCUCAGAAACAAGUCCUGGUUGAAAUCGCAAAGAGACUGCCCAUCUUCACUCGAGCCCAGUCCGGAGCUAUCAGGUUCUGCGACCGCUGCCAGGUGCUGAAGCCUGACCGCUGUCACCACUGCUCGGUCUGUGAAACAUGUGUCUUGAAGAUGGACCACCACUGUCCCUGGGUGAAUAACUGUGUGGGCUUUUCCAACUACAAGUUUUUCCUGCUUUUCCUCUCCUACGCCAUGGUGUACUGUGUAUUCAUUGCAGCGACAGUCUUUCAGUAUUUCCUCAAAUUCUGGGUGGGAGAAUUGCCAAAUAGGCCCGCAAAGUUCCAUGUCCUCUUCCUCAUGUUUGUGGCGCUCAUGUUCUUCGUCAGUCUUAUGUUCCUUUUCGGCUAUCACUGUUGGUUGGUGGCCAAGAACAGAUCAACUUUAGAGGCCUUCUCAGCCCCAGCUUUUGUCACUGGACCAGACAGAAAUGGCUUCAAUGUCGGCAUACGCAAAAACCUGCAGCAGGUAUUUGGGGAGGAUCGGAGACUGUGGUUUAUCCCCGUCUUCACAAGCCAAGGGAACGGCCACUACUUCCCCUUGAAGAAUCGAAAUUCGGAGUCCCAGAACCCCUUAUUAGCUAAUGAGGACAUGUGGGAGGAGUCAGAUGACGGCUCUGAGGAAGGAAGCUUGGUUGACCACCAAGACCUUUCUGUCACGAUAGAGAUGGAGGAGUAGUGAUUUAAGGACAAUUCUCACUGAUACAGAGCAUGUAGGUACACAGUACAUUGUCCACACUGCUUACCACAUGGCAGAUGCAUUCCAAAUCAUGUGGAUGUUAAGACACUGAAAAGAAAAUCUGAAGGGGGCCAAAUGAGUGGAUAUAUGCUUGCAUUUGGAUUGCCAAAGCCACUUUUAGCCUGGUAUUUGACGAAAGGAAGAAUAGAGGAACUCCUUGGACUAUCAGAGGCUGCAUCGUUGCUGCUCUCAUGGAUGGACACACAACAGUAUCAGUUUGAUUGGGUAAAAAAACAAAACAACUUGUCAAAUAUUACCUCACAUACAAGAAGGCAACAGGUUGUAUUUUUGCCCUUUUGUUUGUUCAUCUCAAGGCACCAGUCUCUGUUAACUGGGAAGCUUCUGUCCGGCACUGUGCUACCAACACGCCCCCUUCUGUGUUGGGCCUUUAGAUCUUGAGCUGUGCAGUCUGGUGUAAUGUGACCUCACACACAUAGUGCUCCAGAGAGCUCUUGUUCUGAUUCAGUCGUCAUACCUCUACCAGUUUGGGUCUUGCAGCAUAUUAACACUUAUUUCCAGUGAACAUAAACAUAUGAGGAUACCUGACUUUAUCUGCGCCUUAUUAAUAUAUUUAUACCUGUGUUUUGGGAGUCCUCUUCUCCUGAGAAUGUAUCCAGCUUCCUGCUUGUGAGUAGGUGAGUGUCAUUUUAGGCACAUUUACAAAAGACCCUUCCAUAUGUUUCUUGUCAUUAAUAUUUGAGUUAUAAUACCAUUACUAACGUCUGAUCAGACCAGUGACAGUAAUUAAAACAAAACUAGCUAAUGUUUGUUGCUUUGGUUCGCAGCUACACCUCAUUACACUUGAUAAUUAAUCCUGAAAUCUCAAGAGUAUUAUGGCAAACUUAAUAUAAUGUUCAUAAUUUUUCCGUGGAAUUAUAUCAUGAAUAUACUGUAUAUCAUGACUUCAAUGCCGUUGGUUCCAAAAAAACUGUUCACCUUUGCUGUUUAAUAAUCAUACUAAUAAUACCUGAAGUUUCAAUAGCGCUUUUCUAGGCACUCAAACGUUUAAGUCUUGGAUGAGCACACAAGACACACCAAUAAACUAUUUUUAAACAAUAAUUAUCAAAAUCUUGUUUUCUAGCAUAUCAGCCAUCCCUGUGUAAGAUAACACUAGUGUGGAUGUAAAGUGAUAAGAAAGUAAAGUGAAAAUAACUUUAAUCACAUGCACAUAAUCAUACAGGAGGCUUUUGGUUCUUCUGUGUUUUAUUCCUAAUUUUUUGAUCUUUUUAAAAAUGCAGGCUACUGUACAUAUAUAUAUAUAUAUGAUGACUGACCCUCAUCCACUGGUUGGUACCGGUCAGUGAUCUUCUGCAAUAUGCUGUUUUUUUUUCUUCUGUUUAUGUAUUUAAAAAAUUAAUACAAUUGUAAGAGAUUCUCCAUAUCAGGGCUGUUUGGUUUAUGGCAUUAGCUUGUGGCUAAUUCAUUAGUAGUAAAACGUUGGGCCUUUGACACAUUCACUUGCUUCAUCAGAUUUGUUUUGAUAUUGUGUUGGGUAAGCGAUAUGAAAUGCUUCUCACGUCUGAUAAAUCUAUUGAGUAAAAGUGAACGUCAUUUUGUGCAUGUGUAAUGGAUGUGGAUGUUGAGUGUUUCAUGUCGUCUUGUGUCUAUUUAUGGUAAUAAUGUUGUUCUUUCCCCCUUAGUUUACUGAUUCAUAACUGCUGCAGGCGAUGUCUAUUUAUUUUUGCUUCACUUGGGGACACUUACACUGUUGAAACAAUGUGCUUUUUAUCUGAUAGUAUAUUUAUAAAAUGCAAAGAUGACUUAUUGUACACAUUUUACAAACGGGAGGUCCGUAUUGCUAAAGCACACAUGGUCCCUUUUGAAUUGUAUUUGGAGUAUGUGGUGCUUCCCUUUUUUUAACACCUGUGAAUCACCAAAAGAAUCUGACACUGCUUCAGUUUCUGUUCUGUCUGUUAACAAAUAUAAAUUCUUUAUUGAUCCACUACAUGCAAAAUUAAAUGCUCCAAGUUGAACUCUG